GACGUCACGACACGUCUCCUUUUGUACGUCAUUUUUGAGCGACACCCAGAGCAGGUUCGGUUGGAGGAGAGUCCGUCAUGGCGUCCGCAGCAGGAGAAGCACCCAGCGGGCACGACGCCGAACUGGACGAAUUACUGGACAGUGCGCUGGAUGACUUUGACAAAACAUCUGCACCUCUGCCUCCUGAAUCGAAAGCUCCUUCCUCCUCUUCCAGCCAUGGAGCAGAGAAGCCGCCGCCGCUGCUUGAGGACUGCAAGCUCUUCGAGACGCUCUUCAAGGGCGACAUGGCUGCCCAAGCCCAGCAGGAAUGGGAGAAAGCCAUGACUGAGCUGGCCCAGGAGGAGCCCGACCUGCUCCAGCACUUUCAAAAACUCUCAGAAGCGGCCGGCAAAGUUGGCACCGACACCGCCUCCCAACAAGAGUUCACCUCAUGCCUCAAGGAGACUCUCCACGGCCUCGCCAAGAACGCAGACAACCUGCAGAAUUCGGGACUCGCCGGAGACGAUCUUGUCAAAGCUCUUGGAGGCCUGGGCUUGGACGAGAAUGCUGAAGCCGGCGGAAGCGGCGACGACGGCAACAUCCUUCCAAUCAUGCAGUCCAUCAUGCAGAAUCUUCUAUCCAAGGACGUGCUUUACCCGUCCUUAAAGGAGAUUACUGCUAAGUAUCCAGAGUGGUUGGAGGCCAACAAGGCCAGUCUAACCCCGGAGGACUUUCAGCGCUAUGAGCAGCAAGCCAAGGUCAUGGGGGAAAUCUGCCUGCAAUUUGAGAAGGAGGAAGACAAGGAAAGUGCAUUUGAAAGCAUCAUGGACCUCAUGCAGAAGCUGCAAGACCUUGGCCAACCACCCAAAGAACUAGCAGGAGACGCGCCUCCUGGCUUAAACUUCGACAUGGAGUCCCUCAACCUUCCAGGAGGCCUUGGCGGCGGCGCGGCCGAGCAGUGCUCCGUCAUGUGACGAGGCAGCGGCUCAACUUGAGCACGGACAGCGACGCCACCAAUUGUGAGUGGUGAUGGCGGGGGUGAUGAUGAAGGAAAGAACAUCUGGUGGGAGCGUGGCAGUGAUGCAGUCCACGUUUACACUCUCAUCCGAAAUGAAAGGAAGCUGCUAGAAUCCAACAGGCACACGCUCUCUGGUCUGUUUAAAGCCUCUUAUGAGAGACAUUUUAACAUAUAUGCCUUUUUUAAUUGCAUCCCCUCCAACUGCGUGUACUAAGCAUUGCCCCUCUAGCGCUAUUUUAAAAUACUGCAAAGUCAGGUCGACCCGUUGUGUUUGUGAAAACUAUCAAGGUCAUUGUUGUGCUAGUAGUGUAAUCGUCCUUAAGCACUUGUCUGUGUAGAGGACUUACAGCAAGUUAUCCAAUUACUUUGUUCAUGUUACACAAUUGUUGGUAAUUCUUCCAUUAAUUGAUUACCUCACUGUAAUGUUCCCCUCAUUUGGAGUGUUGGAGAUGAUUCCUGAACGCCUUUUAGUUUUCAUCUAGUGUAGGUUUACUGUACGAAAGUGUUGUCCCCGAGCCGCCAUGUGUUUUUAUCGUGAAUAUUGACGUUGGCUUUCAGCAGGUGGUCCAUGAGGUUUUCAUCCCCAUCGUACUAGACCAUACUACGCGAAACCUCUCCCCUCUGCGUGAGUUUGCCACUUAUAAAAGUUACAUUAGUAAAGGCCUCAACAAUUUUGGGGAUUGAACUAGUCAGUUGCCAGUUAAAGGUUGUUGACCUGUAUGACUAGAGAGAUUGAGCCUGAAUGCACAGAGUAACUAAACUAUGAGGCAGUGUGCGCUUCCAUCAGGCAAUCCAUUCAACUCUAUAAGGGUCAAACCCCAGGGAUUUGUUUCGUAAAAAACUGUUAAGGUUGGUUGUUUUUUUUGCCUAAUUUUGUAAAUAUACUAAAUAAAUUAAUGAUGAUGAA